UGACAACCUUUGCUGACAUCUCUCUUUCUCUCUCUCAUCAUUAUAAUUCACAAUCAUCAAAGAGAGAGAUGGUGAACGUGGUGGAAUUGCAGAAACAGUUGCAGAGUGGGAAUGUGAAUGUUGAUGCCAACGGGGAACUCAUGUAUGUCAAGGUCAUGACCGAUGAACAGUUGGAAACUCUGAGGAAGCAAAUAGCAGUUUAUGGCACCAUUUGUGAGCAACUUAUUGAGAUGCACAGAACACUCUCAGCUCAACAGGAUCUUGCAGGGGUUAGAUUGGGAAACAUAUACUGUGACCCAUUGAUGACAUCUGGUGGGCACAAAAUAACAUCAAGACAAAGGUGGACACCUACACCUGUGCAGCUUCAAAUUCUUGAACGUAUAUUUGAUCAAGGGAAUGGAACUCCAAGCAAGGAAAAAAUCAAGGAAAUCACUGCUGAACUGGGCCAGCAUGGCCAAAUUUCUGAAACAAAUGUGUAUAAUUGGUUUCAGAAUAGGCGUGCUCGAUCCAAAAGAAAGCUGCAAAAUGUGGCUGCUUAUAGCAACACUGAAUCAGAAGUGGAGACUGAGGUUGAUUCUAAGGAUAAGAAGACAAAAGCUGAGGAAGAGUUUCAGUCCCAACAUAAUAAUAACAUAAGUACAACUUCUGGAGGGGCUGAAAAGUUGUGCUUCCAGAACCCUCAAGUACACUCUGAUUACUUGCAGUACUUGAACCCUGCAGAUUCCAACAAACCAUAUUCCAUGUUCCAAACAGAAGACAAUCUGAAAUCCACAAGAAAUUUGAGUCAUGUGUCUGUUUUCAAUGAGGUGCUGUCAAACUCAAGGAGUGAGCAUGUAGGUGGGAAAAUGGAAGUUGGUGGGAGUGUGAGCUACAAUUUAUUCCACCAAACAGGACACUUCAAUCUAGCGGGUUAAGAUCUUACUUUUAGUGUGAGCUGUAAAGAAUCGUGAGUGUGCUGGUUGGCUUGUGUUAAUGUUUAUGAUAGAUUAUACUGAAACAAUAUAAUCAGAACUUAAUGUAAUAUUUACUGGAAAAACUAUCAAUAGAAUAGCACAAAAAUGUUACUUCAUACUGUGAAGUUGGCUUCUUGGUAACAAGUUCACUAUUUUCUACCGUCACAACUUUUUUGCAACCCUAUUUUAAAGGGAGUAUUAGUUUAUUACCUCCCUAUAUUAUGUAUACUCAUUGUCUUGUCUGUAUCACGCUAUUCAGUAUUUAUAAUUUACUAUAUGAUCACGUUGAGCUUUAA